UCAGCAGGUAUGAUGAAUGUGGACGUGGUGUGGCUGACGGCUGUGCUUCUCUCUUUCCCUCUGCUCACGCUGUGUGACCCACUGAAUGUCUUGGUGGCCCCGAACCUGCUGCGGGUAGGCACACCUGAGAGAGUGUUUGUGGAGGCUCAGGAUUAUAGUGGAAAUGACCUCAAUGUAAAAAUCACUGUGAAGAACCAUCCACAGAAAACUACAGAACUGGCAUCUGAGUCUGUUGUCCUCACUGCUGCUAACAACUACCAGGCUGUUGUAGACAUAACGAUUCCUGACAAUAAGGACUUCUUUAGUGAGGACCCAUUGGAAAAGCAGUAUGCAUACUUGCAGGCUAAGUUUCCUUCCGCCGAACUCGAGAAACUGGUCCUGCUCUCCUUCCAGUCUGGCUACAUAUUCGUUCAAACAGACAAGAGUAUCUACACCCCAGGAACUCAAGUGCGUUACCGAAUCUUCUCACUGACUCCUGAUCUACAACCUGUUGAACAGACUGGGGGAAUCUAUGUGGAAAUCAUAAAUCCUCAAGAAAUCACAAUCAACAGGGAAACAUUCUUCACCAAGAAAGGGACUAUAACAGGUUCAUAUGUCAUCCCUGAGGUUGCUAAACCUGGAAUAUGGUCCUUAGUUGCGCGGUAUAAAAACACACCACAGAAGAACUUCACUGCUGAAUUCGAAGUUAAAGAAUAUGUGCUCCCAAGCUUUGAGGUUGCAUUAAAACCAUCCAAGUCCUUCUUCUAUGUGGAUGAUCAAAACCUUCAAGUAGACAUAACUGCCAAGUACCUUUUUGGAAGAAAUGUGGAUGGUGUUGCAUUUGUGGUGUUUGGUGUUACAAAGGAUAACAACAAAGCCACGCUGCCAGCCUCUUUAAAAAGAGAACAAAUCACUAAUGGAGAGGGACGUGCAGUGCUUACCAGAGAGAUGAUCCAGCAGUCUUUCCCAAAUAUUCCUGACCUGGUUGGAAGCUCUUUGUACAUUUCCGUCAGUGUUUUAACAGGGACUGGUAGCGAAAUGGUGGAAGCAGAGAGGAGGGGGAUUCAAAUCGUAACAUCACCCUACACCAUUCAGUUCAAGCGAACCCCACAAUUUUUUAAACCAGGAAUGUCAUUCGAUGUCACGGUUUAUGUGACCAAUCCGGACCAGUCUCCUGCUGAAAAUGUGGAUGUGGUGGUCACGCCCGGUAAUGUGAGGGGUCAAACCAAGAGUAACGGUAUGGCCAAGGUCAUAGUAAACACAGAGGGAGGGGCAAGGACUCUAGAAAUCAUUGCGAAAACCACAGUCCCAGGCAUAUCAGAUAAAAGACAAGCUGAGAACAAGAUGACAGCCCAGGCCUACACCACCAAAGGAGCCUCCACCAAUUACCUACAUAUUAGUGUAGAUGCUGCAGAACUGGCAAUUGGUGAUCAGAUGAACAUCAAUCUACAUUUCGGACAAAGCCUUGUCCAAAAUCAAGAUUUUACUUAUUUGAUCCUUAGUAAAGGACAAAUUGUGAAAGGGGAGCGGUUUAAGAGGAAAGGACAAUUGCUCGUGACCUUGUCUCUACCCGUCACUAAGGACCUGCUUCCGUCAUUUCGAGUGGUGGCAUAUUAUCACAUAGGAUCCUCUGAGGUUGUGUCAGACUCUAUUUGGGUUGAUGUGAAGGACACAUGCAUGGGAAAGCUGAAACUGGAUGUCAAGGAAAGUUUAAAUGUCAAGAAAUUAUUUGAGCCUGGUGAUGAGUUUCAUCUCAUAGUUACUGGAGAUCCAAAAGCCAAGGUUGGACUGGUCGCUGUUGAUAAGGCUGUCUUCGUCCUCAACAAGAACAGACUGACACAGACCAAGAUCUGGGACAUUAUUGAGAAACAUGACACUGGCUGUACAGCUGGCAGUGGUAAAGACAGUAUGGGAGUUUUCUAUGAUGCAGGUCUACUGUUUCAGUCUGAUAAAGCAGGAGGCACCACUGAAAGAACAGCUGCUGAGUGUCCCACCCCACCAAAGAGAAAACGGAGAGCUGAGACUCUACAACAGAUCACCCAAAAGCUAUUUGGUAAAUACUCAGAAGAACUGAAAAAAUGCUGUGCGGAUGGACUGAGACAAAACAGACUGGGUUACACAUGUGAGCGAAGAGCUACGUUCAUUUCGGAUGGUGAAGAGUGUGUCCAGGCCUUCCUGGACUGUUGUAGGGAGAUUCAAAAACGCAAGCAGGAGCAGAAAGAAUUGCUGCAUCUGGCUCGCAGUGAUGAAGAUGAUGAAUAUAUAAGCUCUGAUGAAAUUGUCAGCAGAACACAGUUCCCAGAGAGCUGGCUGUGGGACGACAUCGACCUGCCAGCCUGCCCAGGAAAUGGACCCUGUACUACAACAAGUCUCACCUUGGCCAAAAACUAUCUGAAAGACUCAAUAACUACUUGGCAAGUCCUUGCCAUCAGUCUCUCUACAACCCAUGGCAUCUGUGUGGCUGAUCCCUAUGAAAUAACAGUGGCAAAAGACUUUUUUAUAGAUCUCAAGUUACCUUACUCAGCAGUACGCAACGAACAACUAGAAAUCAAAGCUAUUCUGCAUAACUUCUCCAAUAGGCAACAGAAGGUGCGUGUGGAAUUCUUUGAGACAGAGCAUGUUUGCAGCGCAGCCAGCAAAAAGAAGAAAUACCGUAUCAUAGUUAACGUUGAUGCCAUGUCCACCAGAGCCAUCCCAUAUGUGAUCAUUCCCAUGGAACUAGGGAACCGCCAGAUAGAGGUGCAGGCUGCGAGUUCAAUAUUUCAUGAUGGAGUGAGGAAAACCCUGAAGGUGGUGUCUGAGGGUGUGUUAACUGAACUCCCAGAACAAAAUUUGGAACUGAAUCCAUCUCGAGAACCUGGUGGCGUUCAAGUUUUGCAUUUGAGGAGUAGUAUACCACCUGGGCAGGUUCCAAACACUCCAGCAAAUACUUACAUCACUGUGGGUGGUCAAGAGGUGAGUCAGACAGUUGAGCGGGUCAUCAAUGGGGACUUCAUGGGGAGUCUGAUCAUACAGCCAUCUGGCUGUGGAGAGCAGAACAUGGCCCGUAUGACACUGCCAGUUACUGCCACACUGUACUUAGAUGCCACCAAGCAGUGGGAAGGAGUUGGCCUGCACCGACGUAGUGAGGCUGUCCAACACAUCCGAACAGGAUAUGCAGGUGAACUUAGUUACCGUAAAAGUGAUGGCUCUUAUGCUGCAUAUUCAACCACACCCAGCAGCACAUGGUUGACAGCUUAUGUGGCCAAAAUCUUUGCACUGGCAAGUGACAUCAUUAGCGUAGAUGAAAAUGUUCUCUGCAGUGCCCUCCGGUGGCUGAUCCUGAAUGCACAGAUGCCUGAUGGCACAUUUAAAGAAAAUGCUCCAGUAAUGAGUGCAGCGCUAGUUGGUGGUGUGCGAGGUGGAGAUGCUGAUGUAUCUCUGACAGCUUUUGUCCUGAUUGCCCUGCAAGAAGGAAACCACCUCUGUGAAAAAUCUGUCGGAAGUCUUCCUGAAGCUUCCAGGAAGGCCAUUGAGUAUUUGGAGCAUAGACUCCCCUCUCUAACAAAUCCAUAUGCAGUUGCUAUGUCUUCCUAUGCUUUGGCCAAUGCUGGUAAAUUAAACAAAGAUCGCCUGCUGCAAGCUUCUUCAGGAGAUGGAGCCUACUGGCAAGUUGCUGGAGAGCAUCACUUUUCUUUAGAGGCAACAGCGUAUGCCUUGCUGGCUCUGGUAAAAGUAAAGGAUUUUACUGCAGCAGGAAUAAUUGUUAACUGGCUUAAUAGGCAGAGUAGUCCAUACGGGAGUUAUGGCACUACGCAGGCAACCAUCAUGGUGUUCCAAGCAGUGGCUGAGUACUAUAAGCAAGCAGGGGGUCAUCGGAAUGUUGACUUGGAUGUAGAAGUGAUUGUGAGUGGGCGAAGUCGCCCAGUGAGAUGGAGUUUCACCAAGAGCAAUAUACAUCUGACACGCACAGACAAGGUUCAGCUCAAGCAGGAGUUUAACGUUACUGCUAAAGGGUCUGGUGCUGGAGUUCUAAAAGUAUAUACACUUUAUUAUGCAAGGCCCAUAGAAAAAAAGAGUGACUGCAAAAACUAUGAUCUGUCUGUUAAAAUGAGAAAGGAACAAGAGGUAACAUAUCCAGAUGCUGAAGAAAGCUAUGAGGUCAUCAUUGAAGUUCUUUUCAAGGAUCCAAACAGAGAUGCCACCAUGAGUAUUUUGGAUAUUGGAUUGCUGACAGGAUUUGUGGUGGAUGAAAGUGAUCUUUCAGAACUAACCAGUGGGAGGGACAGAUACAUACAGAUGUUUGAGAUGAAUAAGCAGCUUUCAGAACGAGGCUCACUCAUCAUUUAUUUAAAUAAGGUAUCACACACUGUGCCAGACAGGAUUGUUUUCAGAGUGCACAAGAUAACCAACGUUGCUUUGCUCCAACCUGCUGGCGUCACUGUGUAUGAGUAUUACUCUCCAGGUGGCCAUUGUGUGAAGUUCUACCAUCCCACAAAAAAAGAUGGAGCCCUGAACAGAUUGUGCAAUAACCAAGAGGGGCUGUGCCAAUGUGCUGAAGAAAACUGCAGUGUUCAAAAGAAACUGAAAAUUGAUGAGAAAUCCAGGGAUAAAAAAGCUUGUGAAGCCGGCAUGGAUUAUGUUUAUAAAGUCAAAGUACUGAGCAUGGACCAGAGCCCAAACACAGAUUUCUAUGAAAUGAAGAUUGAAGCCGUCCUGAAAGAAGGUUCUGAUCCAGAUGUACAUGGAAAAGUGAGGAACUUCAUGGGUCAUGCUAACUGUAGAGAGUCUUUUGGAUUUCAGCAAGGCAAGAACUACCUCAUCAUGGGACAAAGUGUUGACCUACCAAGGAUAGAUGGAAAGUUGCAGUAUAUCUUGGGUGAGCAGACAUGGAUUGAAUAUUGGCCCACAAGGGAAGAAGGUCAAACCACUACAUACAAAGAUACAUACAUCGGCAUCAACUCACUGGUUCAAAUGCUUAAUGAAUUUGGAUGCACUACAUAACUAUUUUUUUCUUUUUUUAAUAAAAAACAUUUAAUGUAAUUUUUUUUAACCCUACUUUGUCCUCUGCUCGCAAAUAUUGUGU